AGGCAGCAAAGAGAAAAAGAAGUGAAAACUAACCAACGGGUAGCACAAGAAGAGAGAUGGCUCACAGAAGAACCAGUGGAAGCAAACUCUUCAUGACAGUGUUGUGUAUGGUGGCAGCGUGUAAUGCCGUCCCCAUCACCGAGCUGCUUGAUCGAGCCUCUCAACGCUCUGACAAACUGCACUCUCUCAGCACAACACUCACUCAAGAGCUGGACUCUCAUUUCCCCCCUAUAGGCUGGAUGAUCAUGCCCCGCCCCUCAAUGUGCCACACCUCCUCUCUACAGACGCCCAACGACAAGGAGCAAGCUCUUCAAGUGUCAGAGUCAGACCUGUUGUCAUUGGCUCGCUCACUGCUCAAAUCCUGGGUGGACCCCCUGCUAGUCCUGUCCACCUCUGUUAACACACUGCCUCACCCAGCUCAAAGCAGCAUAUCAAACAAGAUUCAGGAGCUGCAGGAGAACUCCAAGAGCCUGGGAGACGGCCUAGAUAUCCUAUCUGGCAAGAUGGGUCCGGCAGCUCAGACCGUCUCCUUACUACCCUACAGCGGAGGCAAUGACAUCGGCCAGGAUAGGAUUUCCAAACUGACCAACUUCCAUUUCCUGUUGUCCUGCUUCCGACGAGAUUCCCAUAAGAUUGACAGCUUCUUGAAAGUCCUACGCUGCCGGGCAGCAAAGCUGCAACCUGAGAUGUGCUAAAGAGUGAGGCAGUCAGCUUGAUUCUGAGGGGAAGUUUAUGUAUUGCCUACUAAGUAUACAGUAGAUUAGCACAUACUAGGAAUCUACUAUCUGAGCUAAUAUCCUUAGUAGGUAUUAAGUAGCAGGUAUUAUAAGCUUUCAGAAGGUGAAGAUAAGGAGGAAUUACAUGGCACACACAGAAAAAUAAUAUUUUUUGUUUUUUUUAUGUGACCCCUUGUAGCCACCACAGUGCAGGGAACAUUGACUGCAAUGAGUAAAUUAUUACAACCUAGGGCAUAAUGUGCAAAAUAUGGAUCCAGCCUUGUAAAUGUGUUGAAGGGGCAAAAUUACUUUAAAAACAGCUUCAAUCUUGACAUAUAGGUCAGAGGUUAAAAAAGGUUAAGACAUUUCAGACAGUUUAGAGAGCAGUAGGUCAGUCUUGGUAAUGGGUCCUUGGAGGACAAAGUAUGCCUCAUACCCUUCCCCAGAUGAUUCCAGCUGUUCUGUCAUUAUAAAUGUACCACGAGCUGAGGUGGCAUCUGUCCUGUGACUCUUCCUCAUGUUCUCCUUCUACAUGUAUUCAAGCAGCAUCCCCUCAAAGCCAAGUUGCCAGAGGAGCUCUGUAUUUGCAGGCAGCAUGUGCUGGGACAUGAAAUGUGUAAUCAGUGCCACCAGUUUCUUUUCAAGUCAGUUUUGACACAGUAAUAUAGGGCUCCAAUGGUGAAUAACCUUCUCUUCCUAGCUAAUUCUCGUCUAAUGAAAAGUUGCAGCAUUUGCACUUUAGAUUUAAUUACACUUUCUGAAAUGCAUUGUGAAUGCAAAGCCUAUCAAUAUUUCUCUAAAACCUCUCUAUGUAUAAAUAAAAUCAUAUCUUGCACAGUUCA